AUUUGGGGCAUCUGUGUGUGAUAUGGGACUGGGAAGGAAGGAGAUGGAACAGUAAUCAGUUUUCUGGUUACAUGUUUGCUUCUUUCUUUGCUUUCAUGUCACAACCUCUUGUCAGCUGCUAUAUGUUGUUCAUUUGGUAUUGCUUAAAGCCAUGUUUGGCUUAUACCAGUUGAAAAUCUAGUCCAUAAUUCCUAAGGAUCAAGCCUUAUUCACCAGUACAGAGGUUGUAUUUCUUGUCAGGUCACUUCACGUGUGUGGAGCCUUAUACAAAACCACAACACACAGAUCUCCAUGCCUUUCCAUUUGUGUAUGCUGGAAUGUGCUUGAUUUGUCAUAUGGCCAUGUGGCAUUUACAGACUGAAGCAUGAUGUACAGCAUCCUUUGCAACUGAGACCCGGGCUCCCUUGGUGAUCUCUGGAAGAUCUAAAACUCUUGAGAAAAUCAGCCUUUGGAGUUGCUAAUGAAAGAGAGCACCCUGCAGAAUAGUUUAGUUUAGACCUAAGAGGAUUUUAAAAUACCAACAUUUUCCUUUCCUGGACCAAACCCAAAUCCUUGGCACCAAUGGAUCUUCAUGCCAGCAGGACUCCGCUCCUGCAUGUGUGUGUUGAAGGCCAUUAGGCAUGCACUGCUCUGCCAGUGCUGGGUACACCAGUUCUACUUUGCAAUGCAAAUGUGAGACAUGGUGAAUGUGAAUGGAUCUGUUUGUGUGCUUGCAGAGAUUUUGCAGAAAAUUAGAUUUAUAUGCCUAAUGCAUUUGAUGUAUCAUAGAAGCCUAAAAGUGUGCCAAUCUUCAGUUCUGUUGGAAAAAGCAGGCAGGUGUGUGGCAUAAAGGAGACACCACAGUCAAAGGACACAAGAAAUGGCUGAGCUGGAAAGCAGCCCCAAGACAUGCUAACCCUCAACUUGCAACAUCAGAGCCUGCUCCAGGACCUGCAGCUUGUUGUUCCACAGAUGUUUGCCCUGCUCCCCUCUGCUUCAGUCUCUUCACUAAAGUUUGACUGCUGAGAAACUCUGACAAGGGAUGGGAAAUGAGUCCAACACCUCAGUGUUCAUCUCCACCUUAUCAGAGAGAGAAGACCUGAUUUUUGGCACGCUCUAUUUGGUCUUUGGCAUCGUGUCCCUCUCUGGGAACUCGCUGCUCCUGCUGGUGGCCUAUCGGAAAAGGUCCAUGCUGAAGCCUGCUGAGUUCUUCAUAGUCAACCUGGCCAUCAGUGACCUGAGCAUGACGGUGACGCUCUUCCCCUUGGCCACCUCAUCCUUCUUUGCACACAGGUGGCUGUUCAACCAGGCGGUCUGCACCCUCUAUGCCUUCUGCGGGGUCCUGUUCGGGCUGUGCAGCCUCAGCAGCCUGACGGUGCUCAGCACGGUUUGCUGCCUGAAGGUCUGUUACCCAGCAUAUGGCAACAAGUUCUCUCCCUGCCACGCCGGAGUGCUGCUGCUGUGCAUCUGGGCAUAUGCCCUCAUGUUUGCCACAGCCCCCUUGGCCGAGUGGGGCAGCUAUGGCCCCGAGCCCUAUGGGACAGCCUGCUGCAUCAUGUGGAAAGCCUCGAGCAGGGAGGCCACGCUCUACAUCCUCGCCCUCUUCAUCUUCUGCUACCUUCUCCCCUGCCUCCUCAUCCUCGUCUCCUACUCGCUGAUCCUCUGGAGGGUGCGGGUGUCCCGGAGAGCCGUGCGGCAGCACACAUCCCCCCAGCGCAGAGCCCACAGCGUGCACAGCCUGGUCGUGAAGCUGAGCGUUGCCGUGUGCCUGGGGUUCCUGGCUGCCUGGACCCCUUACGCUGUCGUUGCCCUGUGGGCAGUGCUGGGUGACGCCAGCCAAGUGCCAGCGCUUGCCUUCGUGCUGUCAGCCGUCUUUGCCAAGUCCUCGACGCUCUACAACCCCCUGGUGUACCUGCUCUUCAAGCCCAACUUCCACAAGUUCCUCUCCAAGGAUGUGGUGCUCUUCCAGGCCAUGCGUACCCUGCUCUGCUGCUGCUGCCCCAGCGCUGCGCUCCAGCCCUUCCCAUCCCCAGGCUUUGGGGGCCACCCUGGGGCUUGCAGGAACUGCAACGACACCUUUGAGUGCUUCAGUAACUACCCCAAGUGCCACAAGCCCGCGCAGGCGCCCGGCUCCUCGCCCCGCUGCGCUCCCCUGGCCAUGCUGGCUGAUGGGGCUGCGUGCCAGCCACGGCUGAAGAGGACGGUGCAGGUGAUGGUGCUUGUCACACGGAGAAGGUCGGGCCUGAGCGCUGUGAACGUGGUGGGAGAAGCUCUGCCAUCGGAUAUCAUGAAAGACCUUCUCUGAGCCUGGCCAUGCCCCACUGUGUCCCGCCAGCGCGCUGGAAGACAAACCUAAACCCGAUGUUUCUCUCUCCUACGUACCCAAUGGGCCCCCAUCAUGUUCUGCAGAUGAAGUGACAUCUAAGACCACCCUUGCCUCCUGCUCUGGUCUGGCUCUUGCAACCCUGAGCCUAACCUUUGCACUUACAAAAACCAAACAAAAUACCAGACUCCCAGUGCCUGAAGCCUGCCCAGGGUGCAAGUCCAGGGAGCAAUUUCUCCUGUGACUUGCUCUCUGGGCCCUUGGCCUUUGUUUCUCCCUCCUGGUGCUCUGAUGACCAAGUAGGAACUUGGUUGUCUUAAGAAACUGUGCCUGGCGGGGAGGGCCUGAGAGGUGUCCUACCUCCAGCGCCAGGUCCUGCAGCCCCUGCUGACCAUGUCCUUUCCCAAUGGGGAGCAGGACUGCACUGCUCAGCUACCUCACUCGGGAUUAUGAAGCAUCUUGAUAUACCUCUCUAGAGAUUACUCUGUGCAGGCUGCCUAACCCCACUCCCUCAAUUUGAAUGCAAAUCAACCACCAUCCUAUAGAUUGAAAUGGGAGCUUGUCUUUAGAGUAAGGUUUGGGGUUGAAAUAAUCCUGGUGUGAGUAAUAGCAGUCCCAGGUCAUGUAAUUCCCAGGGAAUUGCAGAUCUGUGGACAAGCACCAUCCUGGAGACGGGGCAGUGGCUGGAGGGUGUCCCCCAGUGGUUGGGAUGAGGAUGGGGCAGCUCCUGCCAUCUGCACUGCUGUGCAGGGAGCAGCUGCCUUCAGAGCAGCAUCCCAUGGGAUCAUAGUCAGCAUCCGGCGAUCAGGGUGGGCAGCGCACCCAUGGGAAGAGUCUGGGAUGAAAAGGACCAAGAAGCGAAGCCAUCAACCGAAACAUCCCCACACUGUGGCAGGCUUGCAGGAGCCUCUCUCCAGUAACGCGCUGGCAGCCCUGCAGCAAAGCUCACUUGGGGCUGAGCUUGGGGGCUCCCCAUCACACCCCCAGCUCCAAGCUGCCCAUGUGCCCUGCCCUGGGCACGGCAGGAGCUGAUUUUGCUUUGCAGGGGCUGAACAGCACAGCUGGGGUGCUGAGAGAGGCUGGUUAUGCCCCAACAAAUGCAUUCAAGGUGAUGAGAAGAGUCAGCAGCAGAGGUGGGAAGCGUGCUGCCCACCAGCACCCAGGCAGUUACUCGCGGGAGCGCUUUACAUUGUCUCUGGUUUAAGGACAGGCCCUUGGGUGACAUGGUCUAGUGUGAUGUGUCCUUGCCUGUGGCAGGACGUUGGAACUGGGUCAUCUUAAGUUCCUUUCCAACCAGAACCAUUCUGUGAUUCUGAAGAGCAAAACAGCAAAACCCAUCGCCAGGGCUGCAGCAUCAAAUGUGCUAAACGGGAAUAGUGACCCAUUGUCCACAUGGAGAGCUGGGAAGCAGCCACUGCCCCGAUGCCAUCAGGGGCUGUGCUCUGCCUGCCCGCUCUGCCUGUCCGCUGACCCUGAGCUCUCCCUCCUCCCUCCAGACACCAAUAGUGCUAUUUUUAGCCAUUGCUCCAGAACCAGGAUCUAUCACUGCCUUUUCUUAGCACAGACACAGCAGCCUCCUCUCUUCCAAGGACUCACAGCACGUCACAGAAGACCCACUAGCUGCAGGGUGUGCAGAAACACAGAAGGGAGGGGAUGCUCUGGGUGGGCAACGGCAGAUUCAUUUAAACUACAAACUUAAACCUAAGCAUGAAGAAUACGGAGGGUUUUGGGUUUCGAUGUUAUGGCCCAAUUCCAGCGUAGGUGGCAAUGGAGCCAGUGUGAGCUCUGCGGUGGGGAAGGCGGUUACUGCCUGCAGCAGCACCCAGCGAAGGGUGCUGGGUCCUGCCCUUGCUUCCCCUGUGUGUGCCAUCAUCACCAGCUGCUGCUGCACAGCUCUCAUUAGCACACAGCAGUCACGCACUUGCUUCCGUCCCUUGGUCAUUUCCACUGAGCCACUUUAACUGGCAGUUUCCCUGUGACGAGAGGGUCGUGGUACCUUUGGGGUGCUCCUGCAUUGUCUCGAGGUGGUUUUGUCUAUGUGUGAUACCUGCAGGUGGUCGGGGCAGGGUUUAUGCCCAAGAACCAAGUAGUAACUGAAGGGCCAUGCAGGGAGCGAUGCUUCUGCCUUUGCUCCCUAUUCCUGCUAUGCAAGAACCCGCACCCAGCCCCAAGAUGGGCAGUAUCUGCAAAACACUGCACAGAAAGAUAUUAAUAUCAGGAGGGAGGACAGGGUUCUCAGUGAGGGUGCAGGUCACUGCCCUUCCCACCCGCAGGUGGGGGUGCCCCAUCCCAGGCACUCCAGCACAUGAGGGAAUCACUCAGAAUCACUGCUCACUGGUCAUCGCAUUCCAGAUAUUGUACAUUUUAAAGUAAACUCACUCGUGCAAGACUG